UAAGCACGUAUAGUUGUUAUCGCGCGAUAAUAGAGACUAGAGGUCUCCUCCUAAUAACAGAUUGGAGCUUCUUGAAAAUGAAUGAAAAAGUUAUGAAUAACCUUAAAGAGGUUAGACCUGAUCUCACCUGUUGAUGUUCACCUGUAUGUUUGAUCGUCAGGGCUCUGUUACCGUGGAGACCACUCUGAGGUUGCCAUGGCGAACAAGACGGAGCUCCACUCCUCAGACCAGACGUUGUCUCCUGAGGAUGAACCCUCAAAGCCGGCCGCUUGCCGGCUGCGCCGUCGGGCCGCGGUCAUAGGGAGGCAGGGCCAGAGGGUGAAGAGGCGGGGCCCUGCAGAGAAACGGCGGUGUCCCGGAGAUAAGAGGCGGGGCCAGAAGGAGAAGAGGCGGGGCCAGGAGGAGAAGAGGCGCGGCCAGGAGGAGAAGAAGGAGGGCGUGACGGUGAAGAGGACGAGCAGCGAUGGGAAGCGGCGUUGGGAUAAGAAACAUUACUGCGUGUUCUGUCGGCGUCCUCAGGUGAAGAUCGCUCGUCACCUGCUCACCAAACACGCCGACCAACAGGAAGUAGAGUCCGCCAGCAAACUACCGACCGGCUCCAAACAACGACACCUGCUGCUGGAGCAACUACGCAGCAGAGGCAACUACAUGCACAACAUAGAGGUGAUCAGACAGGGCAGUGGAGAGAUCGUGCCGUGGCGUCAGCCCUCAGAGGACGUCGAUGCGAGGAACUACCUUCCCUGUCCGCUCUGCCUCGGUUUCUUUCUUCGUGCUGAUCUCUGGAAACAUCAAGCGUCCUGUCGUAAGAAGCUGACCUUUGACCCCUCCAAAGACUCCGCCUCCACGACCUCUGACCCCGUGAAGGGCACAACCUCUUACCUCGUGAAGGACACGACCUCUGACCCCACAGGAGACACGACGGACCAGGCCAAGCGGCCCAUGACCUCUGACCCCGUUAUGGAUCAAACUGUGACCUCUGACCCGGGAGCGGACCAGCCCAGGAAGAGGAUCAGGGUCCAGGCUGCAGCAUCUCGCCUCCUUCCAAUAUCCAGCGGAGCGUCUGAGAGCUGCAGCGAAGUCCUGCACCGCAUGAACCAGGACCACGUCUCACACCAGGUCAAAUCUGAUUGGUUGAUCUGUAAAUACGGAAACAAGUUGAUGGGGAACCAAGAUGGCAGCCAGAGGAGGUACGACUAUGUGAGCCAGAAGCUGAGGGAGCUCGGCCGGUUCCUUCUGGCUGCUAAAUCUCUGGACUCCGGCGUCCAGAACCUGCAGGACCUUCUGGCUCCGGGUUGCCUCAGUCUGUCUUUGGCCGCCGCCAGAAAGGCCUCCGGGUACCGGUGGAGCCGCCCUCCGCUGGCGGUGAAGACCACGUUGAAGACGGUUUGUGAGAUUGCAAUCGGAGAAAGUCUGCAGGACGGAGACUGGGAGGCUGCAGCCAAGACCACGGACUUCUACCACCUGCUGGGGAGAGAAUGGGACAACCUGUGUCUGCUGAACCCGGACCCUAACACAGCCGCUGCAGUCGGAGCCAAGCUGAAGAAACGAUCGGUCCAAUCAAGAGGUGGGAAGUGUAAAGAGCAGUCUGACCCCAGACCAGAGGUUUCAUCUCAGAGCAGUAACAGACCGGUGACCUCCAUGAGUCCACCAGAGUCCAGGCUGCAGACUACAGUCCCUGUGGCUCCUGGUAAGGUCCGACGACGCCCGUGGUCUUCUGCAGAGAAGGAGGCGGUCUGGAGACAGUUGGGAGUCCACGUGCUGGUCCAGUCAGUACCGGGGAAGGAGGUCUGUCAGCGCUGUCUGGACCUGGAGCCGGUCCUCAGAGGGCGACACUGGAAAGACAUUAAGAACCAGGUGCACAACCAGAUCCAGAGCCAAAAGAAGCAGCAGUUCCAUGCCCAGAUGGACCAUCAGGAGAACCAGGAACAGCAAGACCAGAUCCAGAACCAAAAGAAGCAGCAACAGUACCAGGCCCAAACGGACCAACAGGGCAAGGACCACAACCAGAAGAAACGGCAGUACCAGGCCCAGAUGGACCACCAAGACCAGGACAACAUUCAAAACCAGAAGAAACAGCAGUACCAGGCCCAGAUGGACCAGCAAGACCAGCUACAGAUUCACAAAAAGCAGCUGUGCCAUGCUAGACUAGACCACCAGGACCACAUUCAGGUCCAUAAAAAACAGCUGUACCAGCUGGGCGAGCAGACCCAGGGCCUGCAGACCGCCCUGGACCGGGACCCUUCUAUACUGACGGGUCCACCUUAUGGACCUGAUGGGCCACAUCAAGGCUCUGGAUCGUCACUGCUGGAGCGGGACCCCACUAUUAGUCCAUACUCUCUUCCACACAGGACCUUGGGGCCUCACGUGGACCAGCUGCUGUCCAGGACCAACUGGGCCGACGAGUCUUUGGUCCAGCACUACUCAAUCAGCAGGCAACUGGGCUGGAACCUGAUCCAGGAGGCGGCCCCAGGACUGCCGGCCAAUCCGCACUCUGGACUGGUCCACUUCUAAUGGACGGACCCACAAGGGUCCACUACCGAUGAGGAAGCACGAGGCCUCCUGAAGCCCCUCAACUUCCUGUACAAAAUAAAAUAGGCCGUGUUGUCCACAGGACCUUUGUAAGACCCGGGACCUCGAGGAGGUCCUCGUGGUCCUCGUGCCCCCCAGAGUAAAAUGUACAACAUUUUAAAGUUCAAUGCAUCAGUCUGGAGAACUUUGAGCUCAUUUAGACUGUACUUCAGUACUCAAGGUACUUCUACUUUACUUGAGUAUUUACAUUUUAUACUUCUACAUCUGAGGAAACAUUGUAGUUUAAACUUCACUACAUUUAUUUCCCAUUAUUAGUUUUCACAGAUCCCUCGUGAGCUAAUAAACUCUGAUGUAUUCAUACGUAGUAUGAAUUCUAAUUAUUCAGUGAAUACGCUGAUGAACACAUUCUAUAAAUAGAACACAUAAUAUAUAUGUAUUUAUACAUCAUGUAUUCCUCGUUCUUCUAGAGAUUCAUGUGAACCUGAACCUUCAGUUUGAUCCGAGGAGUCGCUGCUUUGUGUCGCAUGUUG